AUGAGGAAGCCAGAGGCCUCUGGGAAGAACAUCGUCAGUAAUAAUAACAAGUUCAGAAAGGGCUUGUGGUCACCAGAGGAAGAUGACAAACUCAUGAGCUACAUGGUAAACAACGGGCAAGGUUGUUGGAGUGAUGUAGCAAGGAAUGCUGGUUUGCAGAGAUGUGGCAAGAGUUGCCGGCUUCGUUGGAUAAAUUACUUGAGACCUGAUCUCAAGAGGGGUGCAUUUUCACCCCAAGAAGAAGAGAUGAUCAUCCAUUUGCAUUCCCUUCUUGGCAAUAGGUGGUCUCAAAUUGCGGCUCGCUUACCAGGAAGAACCGACAAUGAAAUCAAGAAUUUUUGGAAUUCAACGAUAAAGAAAAGAAUAAAGAAUCUGCAGUCAUCUAACGCCUCACCAAACACGAGUGAUUCAUCCUCGGAGCCUAGCAAAGAUGUCGUGGGAGGGCUCACGACCAUUCAAGAACAAGGCAUUUUCUCCACGAACAUGGAUCCUUCGCUGUCAUCUUCGUCAUCGUUAACAAACUCCAUGCGAGCAAUGAUUCUAAAUACCAUGAUAGACCCCUUAUUACCCAUGCUUGAUCAUGAUCCUGGCCUAAACAUGUAUGGUGGUGCAAGUGGGUACGUAUUCAAUAGUGCAGCACCGUGCACGACUCAAGUUGGAGUACUUGACAGUGGUGAUCAUGGUUUGUAUGGGGAAGGGAUUUUUGAAGGCAUUAAUGUUGGGAUUCCUCCUUUAGAGAGUGUAAGCUGCGUGGAGGAAAAUCCAAAAACCCAAAACAUGCAGGAUAAUAACACCGACAAACACUCAUAUAGUAGUCAUGUGAAUAGUCUUAACUACAGAAACUGCAAUAGCACUAGUAAUAAUAAGACAGAUAACAUAGCUGCUGAUCAGAUGGGGAACUUUUGGCACGAAGAAGAGUUCAAAGUGGGGGAGUGGGACUUGGAAGAGUUGAUGAAAGAUGUUCUAUUGUCUGUGAAGGACCACUUCAUUGAUUAUAGUCUGGUGAGCAAAUGGCUUAUGUAUAUAUUUCUUGUCAAUGAGAGUCAGAAUUCUCUUUCACACCAUGAAUGGCCCACCAUAAGUGCUGUGAUCAACCCUCCACCUUUCAACCUCAACAAGCCAACGUCAGUUAAUACACUUGCUGGCAUGCAUGAUGCAUACGAAAGAUCUCAGACGGACACUUCAACUUCAGGGGGCGAAAACAACGAAGCUCACCCCCACUGGCCCAAAAAGAAGGAGCCGUAUAUUCCAUCUUCGUAUCCACCGUCCGAUAGAAAAUCAACAGCUCAGAUCCCCCUGCUCACUUCCCAUAUAAAUAAACGCCAAUCAAUCACCUCUCAAACCUUUCCUUCUCUUCCCUUCCCUUCCCUUCACAACUACUGUACAGAAACAGAACUGAAGACUGAAAACCGAAUCUCCCCUCACUCUCCAACGCCAUACCCAAAAAUGGCGUCGUUUGCUCUCACAUCAUCUUCUCUUUCCUUCAGCUCCCUCCCUUCUCUCAAAUCCCGGCCUCUCUCCCACCUGAGAUCCACCUCACCAAAUCCCAUCCCUUCACGUCCGAAUCUCCCAAAACUCUCUGUUGUCUCUUCCUUGCUACCAAAAUUCUCCAAAUCUAGCAUCACAACCACCACGCGGAGAAUCUCUAACGUCACAGUAAAAGCCUCGUCGGCAUCAGCAUCACCAUCACCAUCACCCCAACCUACAACAAUCACACCAGCCUCGCCACCAUGGCAAGGAGCAGCAAUGAAACCGUUACUUGCAUCAAUUGCGACAGGUGUCAUUCUCUGGUUCGUUCCUGUUCCCGCUGGAGUUACGAAACCAGCCUGGCAACUGCUCGCUAUUUUUCUUGCUACAAUAAUCGGAAUUAUCACGCAACCUUUACCGCUCGGCGCGGUAGCUUUGAUUGGUUUAGGUGCCUCAGUUUUGACUAAAACCCUCACUUUCGCCGCUGCAUUUUCCGCAUUUGGUGAUCCAAUCCCCUGGUUAAUCGCACUCGCUUUCUUCUUCGCUCGUGGAUUUAUCAAAACCGGACUUGGUAACCGAAUUGCCGCCGGCGAUUCCUUCUGUUUCUGCACGAGCAGGAGGGAUUUUUUGCCAUUAGUGAAGUCACUCUGUGUUGCUUGUGGUAGUAAUGCGGGUGAUGGGACGGAGCAUAAGCUUGGUUCGUGGUUGAUGUUAACUUGUUUCCAAACAUCAGUGAUUUCAUCUUCGAUGUUUUUGACAGCUAUGGCUGCGAAUCCUUUGAGUGCUACUUUGACGUUAAAUACAAUUAAGCAGACAAUUGGGUGGACGGAUUGGGCUAAGGCUGCGAUUGUGCCAGGAUUGGUUUCUUUGAUUGUUGUUCCUUUGAUUUUGUAUUUGGUUUAUCCGCCGACUGUUAAGAGUAGUCCUGAUGCACCUAAAUUGGCUAGGGAGAGGUUGGAGAAGAUGGGACCUAUGACUACUAAUGAGAUUAUUAUGGCUGGCACUCUGUUUCUCACGGUGGGACUCUGGAUUUUUGGAGGGAUGCUGAAUGUGGAUGCUGUUACUGCUGCUAUUCUUGGAUUGUCUGUCCUCCUAACCACUGGCGUUGUGACGUGGAAGGAGUGUUUAGCUGAAUCAGUUGCUUGGGAUACCCUGACAUGGUUUGCUGCCCUCAUUGCCAUGGCUGGAUACCUUAACAAAUAUGGUCUCAUCUCCUGGUUCAGCCAAACUGUAGUUAAGUUUGUUGGUGGACUUGGUCUAUCGUGGCAGCUAUCUUUCGGCAUUUUGGUUCUCCUCUACUUCUACUCCCACUACUUCUUUGCCAGUGGUGCAGCUCACAUUGGUGCCAUGUUUACAGCAUUCCUGUCUGUUGCCAGUGCUCUAGGUACUCCUCCAUAUUUUGGAGCCAUGGUGCUCUCCUUCCUUUCCAACCUCAUGGGUGGCCUUACACACUAUGGAAUUGGAUCCGCACCUGUUUUCUAUGGUGCCAACUAUGUACCUUUAGCUAAAUGGUGGGGCUAUGGGUUCCUCAUAUCCGUUGUCAACAUUAUCAUCUGGCUUGGGGUUGGAGGAGUUUGGUGGAAGUUCAUUGGCUUGUGGUAG